GGGGAGCUAAGACAGACUUCGCUAUCAAGCCUCAACAGGAUACAGUGUUCUGUAAAGGGAUACAACGUGAAGACAUGGACACCCUCAGCAGCCACAGUGACAGCAGCACCAGUGGGGAUUUGUCUGAAUUGUUGAAAGAAGCAACUAAAGAGGUACACGAGCAGGCGGAAAAUACAGAGUUCAUGAGGAACUUCCAGAAAGGCCUGGUCUCACUACAUGAGUUCAAGAUGGUUAUGUCUUCCUUAUAUUUUGUUUAUGAAGCGUUAGAGGCAGAGAUUGAGAGAAAUAAAGACAACCCGGUCUUCUCCCCCGUUUUUUUUCCAUUGGAGCUACAUCGAAAGGAUGCUCUGGAACAAGAUCUGGAGUAUUUUUAUGGACCACAGUGGAGAAAGAAGAUUCCAUGCCCUCAGUCUACAAAGAACUAUGUCAGUAGGCUUCGUCACGUUGGACAGAAGGAACCAGAGUUGCUGGUAGCCCAUGCAUACACACGGUACUUGGGUGACCUUUCUGGUGGCCAAGUUCUCAAGAAGAUUGCUCAGAAGGCCUUGCAACUUCCAGUGACUGGAGAGGGGCUAGCUUUCUUCACAUUUGACAAUGUUACCAAUGCAACAAAGUUCAAACAACUUUAUCGUUCCCGUAUGAACUCGAUAGAAAUGAACGUAGCUGCCAAAAAUAGAAUAUUAAAUGAAGCCAAGACUGCAUUCUUGCUUAAUGUCAAGGUUUUUGAAGAGCUGCAGAUCUUAUCAACUGCGAAAUCUCAAGAAGGGCUUGACAAGCCUGACAUUCCAACGUUACGAAGUCGGACACAAAACACAGCAAAUGGAGACGUCCAACUGAAGACUGAAUAUCGACAGACAGGGGUCUCCACCAAAAACAAUUCUACAUUUAUCCGCUGGACGGUCAUUGUGGGUUGCGCUCUGGUGGCUCUCGCAGCUCUGUACAUUUCAUAAACCGUAUAUAAAUGACCUGUUUUCAUUAAGCAGACUUCAUCUCAAAUUAUAAUAUUGGCUCAGAUGAAAGCCGCAAUGACGAAAUGGCAUCACCGGCUUCCUUUUUUGUAUAUCUCAACACGUUGCUUUUUUCUAUUCCAAUAAACGGCUGAAAUCCUCAGGAAUUAUCAAACAUUUCAGCAAGAUUAGCAGUAUUAGUAACUGAUUUUACAGACAUUUUAUCUCUGAUGUGUAAUUAUAAGUUAAAUCUAUAGCAAUGCAAAUAGGACAAGUGAAUGUUUUAUUAUUAUGAAGGUUGUCCAACUAGUGGUCCUAGGACAAGAUUAGACCUGAUGUGUCCACUACAACAUUUACAUCCAUUAUCAUUCACCAUAAUAUGGUCAGAAGGGGGUACCUACAAAUAUGUCACAAGUCAGGUUCAUACUUAUUCCUUCCAAUCAUUAUGUAUGCCCACCCCACGUUCACAAUCCACAAUCAUUUUAGUUUUUUAAUUACAUUGUGAAUUGUAGGCCUCUUAGAAUUAGUAUAGAGCAAGGUAUCUAUUAGCUUGUUUUAAUGUUAUUUUCAAAAGGUAAUGUCCUUUGAAAGCAUGUAUUAAUGAGCUUGAUUAACAGCUAGCAAUUGGCUAAGACAGGGGAACACCAGAAAUAGGAUCAAACAAUAGAAAUUUUUACAGAAAACUAUCAAGAAUUCAAUGUUUUUCUACUACUUAAAAAACAAAAAAAACAA